AUGGCAUUCUCGCGCAUCGACUCACUCCUGAUCAACAUACUGGUUCAAAAUGGCCUCCCGUCCUAUCAAAAGAUAACCCGAGGCUGCACGAGGCAAUGCCCGCACGGAAGCAGUCUGAACCAUGUCACGGUCGUGUGUCUGGAGAGGGAGCACAUCGGAGAGCUGUUCGAUUUCUGCAUGAUGCACGAGAGUACGGGCUGUACCAUGGUACGGUGCCCGGAUUGGUGGCAGCCCUCGCCGGAGACGCAAAGGGUCAUCCUGGACCAAGUCCACGAGUCGUACUUUGGGCUUCAGGGGCCUUUUAGGAUGGGUGGUUUGUUGCGGGUGUACCGCCCGGAGGAGGCUCCCAGAGUGGCGGUAGUGGAGACGGUAUUCAUCGUCUCGGACUUCGAUGACCGGGUGUCCGUUCCCCUCCUGUGCAAGGUGGACGAGACGGGACAUGAGAUGGAGAUUCCCGGUCCCGCCGAGCAGCCUCUGCUGCUGCAGAUGUUCCCGGGGCUGAGCCCGUGGAAGCCGUUGCCCCGCACGGGCCUCGGGGCCGCAGGAUUCGACCUCUACGACGUCAGAGGGCAGACGUUCAUCCCGACGGCCACGCUCCCGAACGACCUGACCAACGUCAGUGUAACCUUCCGCACGAGCGACCGCGCCACGGGUGCCGUUGCUUCCGCCCCUACGUGCUCCAUGAAGCACAGCUUUAUGCAGCAGCCCUACGUCUGGGCGACGGACUUGCCCGUUCCGCGCAAGUGCGUGGCAGCCGACUGGACUGUGAGGGACUUCGGGAUGCCGCUGGGUGUCGUAGCGAUGCGCCCCGGGCCUGGGGAGAAUGGAUACGGGGUGUGUCGGGCCCCGUACUACAACUGGGAGACGUCCGAGUACAUUCACGUUUGA